CUUUGGACAAGUUUCCACGCAUGAGUACCGUGGCAAGUGCCAGGUACUUUUGCUGGCCCUUUUUCCUUGUGUCGCGUGUGUGAGCGCUGAGAUUUGCUCCCUUUUUCUCCCCAUCUCCCCAUACAGCAACCACCAACACCGCCACCAUGGUGCGCUACUCCUGGGAUGUCGCCGAGCAGGACAACGUCGUGAAGACGCGUGGUUCCUACCUGCGUGUGCACUACAAGAACACGCGCGAGACCGUGCACGCCAUCCGGGGCAUGAGCCUGCCCCGUGCCGUGCGCUUCCUCGAGAACGUCAAGGCCAAGAAGGAGAUUGUCCCCUUCAAGCGCUACAGGAACGGCGGUAUUGGCCGCAAGGGCAUGGCCAAGCAGCACAACUGGACACAGGGUCGCUGGCCACUCAAGUCGUGCAACUUUGUUCUCGACCUCCUCAAGAACGCCGAGAGCAACGCCGAGGUUAAGGGCCUGCAGCCCGAGUCCCUCUUCAUCAAGCACGCCCAGGUCAACCGCGCACCCCACAUGCGCCGUCGUACCUACAGAGCGCACGGUCGCAUCAACCCCUACAAGUCCUCUCCUUGCCACAUUGAGAUGAUCUUCAUGAAGCAGAAGGAGGUCGUGCCCCGCCCUGAGACCAAGGGCCGUGCCAGGAAGACUGUUGCCGAGUAAACCUGCUCCCACACGCAUCCCUUUGCCCUUGACCCUGAUAUCCACUGCUGCGUUUGCGUCAUGCUUUCUUGUGCAGCACAAGUAAACGCAGCUCAUGAUACGCCACAUGGAUGGCAUCCCGCACAUCGAGGGAUGGGAGCGAG